AAAUCAGCUGAUAUAAAUUUAGGUUAACCUAAAUAUUUAUUACAUAUUUCCAAUUUCCUAAUAUUAGUUUUAUGGCAAAUAACUUAUAUAUUUCAAAAAACACAUAAAUUUUUAAAAACAAUGAUAAAGAGCAUAGCGUUUACAGAGUUAUUCAAAAUUCAUAAGUUUUGCAGACCGGCUUUGAUAAGGACUUUUAGUGAUAAUAAUUCUGAUCAACCACAUCCAAUUAAAAGAACUUUUAAACUUUUGGGAAAUGAUAUGAAAAAAGUUAAAAAGUUUUUCACUCCCCUAUUUGAGAAAAAACACGAAGAUGUGGAAGCAAAUGUUGAACCUUCAAACAGAAUGGGUGACAAUGAGUUUCAGACACAUUGUGAUAUUCUCAUAAUUGGCGGAGGAGGUGUUGGAUCAGCUGCUGCCUAUUGGUUGAAGAAAAAAGCUCGUCAAGGUUUAAAUGUUGUUGUCAUUGAAAAGGAUUUUUCGCAUUUUAAUACCAGAAAUUGUUUAACGUUACCUACGGGAUGCUUGCAUCAGCAAUUUCUUUUACCUGAAAAUAUCGAAAUGUCACUUUACGGAGCAGAGUUUAUGAGGAAUGCAAAAGAAGAACUUGGUGUUGACGUUAGAUUUGACCCUCACGGAUACCUCACACUGGCUUCUGCGGAAAAUGCGGAAACACUUAAAACGAUGUCGAAAAUUCAAAAUGAAUUUGGCGCCCGUACCGAAAUACUAACUCCAGAUCGUCUAAAAGUAAAAUUUCCAUGGCUAAACAUUGAAGAUGUAGCAAUUGGUUGCCAAGGUCUCGAAAAACAUGGAUGGUUUGAUUCCGCUAAUUUGUUAUUAGGACUUAGGAGUAAAGCAAUGGAAUACGGCGCACAUUUCAUACAAUCUGAAUUGAUAGACUUUAAGUUUCAAAACCAACCAGAUGUUGUCAUUGAAGGAGGAUCUACAACCAGUACAUAUAAUGCUUUGGAAAAAGCAAUAGUCAAAAUGCCUAAUGGCGAAACACGAUCUAUAAAAUUUUCGAUUUGUGUACUUGCGGCCGGUACAAGUUCAGAGAAAAUCGCCAAACUAGCGAAAAUUGGCACGAGUUCCGGGAUUUUAAAAAUUCCCCUGCCAAUAACCCAGCGAAGUAAUUACGCCUACAUGUUCAACAGUGAUGAUAUCAAUACCUUGGGUAUCGGUACACCAUGCGUGGUGGAUUUGAAUGGUGUAUACUUUCGAAGAGAUGGCCUAACUGGUAACUAUAUAACAGGUUUCAGUGCGCCCACAAAUGCAGAAAACGGGCCAAGCGAAAACAGCUUCGAAACUAAUGUUUUGCCUUAUUUGAUACGUAGGAUGAAAAUGUCAAAAAAACCAAAAGUUAUUGACGCUUGGGAGUAUUCUUAUGAGUAUAAUGUCUUUGAUGAAAAUGGUAUUAUUGGCCCACAUGCCUACUACAAUAAUCUGUAUAUUGCAAGUGGAUUUUCUGGUUUUGGCUUACAGCAAUCGCCAGCUGUGGGUAGAGCAAUUUCUGAAUUAGUUAUCGAUGCACAAUUUCGGACUAUAGACUUAUCUAGACUUGGUUUCGAUCGGAUUAUCGUAGAUAGGCCAAUGUUUGAGCACGCUUUUAUAUGAAGUACACAUAUUGUUAUUUAUAAAUAAAUAAUGUUUAUGCAAAUAAAGUCAAACCACUUUUUGUGUAAUA